CUCCUCCAAGCCCUCUUGUUUCCUCGCUCAAGACUCAAUUCUUCUUGCGGGGAGGGAGAAAAAUGGCAGAUGUAGGGUUGGAAUCGACGGCAGAGACGGUAGAGCAGAAGCAACCGCAUAGGCUGGAGAGGAAAUGGACGUUCUGGUUCGAUAACCAGUCCAAGCAGCCAAAGCAAGGUGCCGCCUGGGGUACUACUCUUCGCAAGGUCUACACCUUCGACACCGUCGAACAGUUCUGGUGUUUGUAUGACCAAAUAUUUCGACCCAGCAAGUUGCUGGCAAAUGCUGACUUCCACUGCUUCAAAGCUGGGAUCGAACCCAAAUGGGAAGAUCCUGAAUGUGCGAAUGGGGGCAAGUGGACUGUCACAAGUAGCAGAAAGGCAGGCCUUGAUGCGAUGUGGCUCGAAACGUUGAUGGCCCUGAUCGGAGAGCAGUUUGAUGAGAGUGAUGAGAUCUGUGGCGUCGUUGCAAGUGUGCGUCAAAGGCAGGACAAGCUUGCGCUGUGGACUAAGACAGCUACGAAUGAAGCUGCUCAGAUGAGCAUUGGAAGGAAGUGGAAGGAGAUCAUUGAUUUCACUGAUAGGAUUACUUACAGCUUUCAUGAUGAUUCGAGAAGGGAAAAAUCAGCCAGGGGUGGUCGAUACAGCGUCUGAGCGAUCUGCUGAUCACAACAUUUCGGCCUAUAUCAUAACGAAAACUGGAGGAUUGGGCGUUUUCAUUUUGGUUUGUUUUUGUUCUAGCAUGUUGUAAUGCAAUGAAUGCAUGCUUUUUCCAUAUUCACAUACUAUUAUAGGAAUUUUCAGCUUGUUUUUGUUCUUAUUUUCUUUGUCAUCAAGACAUUUAAGUGCUUCAGAAACAUUAUACAGCUGGAGUGCAUUUUGUGGGCGAAAUGGUUGAUGUUCAUUUAGGUUUUA